AUGCCCACUAAAGAAGAUUGGUACCUUGACAGUGGCUGCUCAAACCAUAUGACUGGUAGCACGAACUCACUAGUAAACCUCAAACCUGAGGAAUCUAACUAUGUGACUCUUGGUGAUGGAGAUGUAAUAGAAAUCAAAGGUGUUGGCGUGAUAGAACGUCAGGGUGUUCCUAACUUACAUAAUGUUCUACUUGUGCAAGGACUGGCCACAAACCUUAUAAGCAUCAACCAACUUUUUGAUGAAGGAAUGUAUGUCAGAUUCACUAAAGAAGAGUGCAUUGUUACCAACAAGGAAAAUGAAGAAGUCAUGAAAGGAGUCAUAUAUGAAAACAAUUGUUAUCUAUGGGAGCCAAAAAAUUUCAAGUCUCUAACUACUUACCCCAUGACCAAUAGGAUCAAUGAAGAAAAAGAUCAAGAAAGAACCAUCAAAUCAGAAACUUAUACUCCCAGAACAAGAAUCCUGAGGGAAGUAAUGGAUGAGUCUGAUAAUGAAAUCUUCCUUGAAGAACUCACCAGCGAAGAACUAGCUGCUGGAUACUCUGAGAUGUGUGUACUAAAUGGGGAAUUGAGCAAGAGAUUGACAAUGUAUGAAAAUUCUUAUGCAUUAUUAUAA